AUGACAGCUUAUCAUCAAGAUGUAUUAAAUAUUGUGCAGGCUAAGUUUUUAUCGCCAGAGGUGGUUAAAUGUAUACAUUUAAAUGUUUCCUUAGUUGAUGCUCCCUGGAAUACUUUUUAUAGAUUAUUUGCAUUAGUUGAGUGUAACAAAUCAUUUGGCUUGUUUGUACUUAUUUCGGAAAAGUGGAGACCAGAGAGCAUUACCGAUGUAUCAAUAGAAAGGGCUAUUCCAAUAGAUCAAUACUUUUCAUGUGAUACAGAAGUUAUACCUGAGAGCCAAAAAUAUUUAUUUUUUAUUAUAAAUUAUAAGGAAUUUGAAUAUAAGUUCCUGAUUCAAAUAGGUUUGGAAAGCUCUAAUUUUGCUUCUCAAGUUAUUUACUCCAAAGAAAAUUCUGAUAGCAAUAAAUUGUUGGAUUUGUCUUGGUGUGAUAAAUAUUCAAAUAAUUUAUACCUUAGUCAUUCCAACUCUUACAACAACAUGAAUGAUCAGUCUCAAGUAAAUAUUCGUCCAAAUUCAUCAAGAGGGCAAUCUACGAACAACAAUAGAGAAUCUUUAUUAAAAUACCAGUUAAAAUUAAAAGAGCCUGAUUAUACUAAAAGAGAAGAAUUCACUAUCUUUUGUGGUACUUGGAAUGUAAAUGGCAAGGCACCCACUGAAAAAUUACAUGAAUGGUUAAGAUGUGAGAGUAAACCACCUGAUAUUUAUGCUGUGGGUUUUCAAGAAAUUGAUUUAAGUAAAGAAGCUUUUCUUUUCAAUGAUACACCCAGGGAGAUUGAGUGGUAUAAUCUGGUAAAUUCCACAAUAAACCAUGACAAAAAAUUAUAUCAUAAUGUGGCACUUAUUAGAUUAGUUGGCAUUCAACUUAUAGUUUUUGUUAAAAAUGAACAUUAUGGAUGCAUUAAAAAUGUUUCUGUGGACACUGUUGGUACUGGGAUAUUAGGAAAAAUGGGAAAUAAAGGUGGUGUAGCUGUAAGAUUUAUGUUGCACAAUACAAUGUUGUGUUUUGUGUGUAGUCACUUGGCAGCUCAUGUAGAAGAAUAUGAAAGGAGGAAUCAGGAUUUUAAGGAUAUCAUAUCCAGGGUUAAUUUUAAAAGGCAUCCCCUUACCGUCAAGGAACAUGAUCAAAUAUUUUGGUUGGGGGAUUUAAAUUAUAGAAUUAAUAAUAUGUCAACUCAAGAAGUAAAAAGACUUGUUAAUAAUAAUGAUUUUAAUGCAUUGCUGAAAAAUGAUCAAUUGAAUGAGCAAAGAGAAAGAGGAAGCGCUUUUGUGGGUUUCCAAGAAGGUGAAAUAACUUUUCAACCCACUUACAAAUUUGAUGUUAACUCUAAUAUUUACGACACUAGUGAAAAAGCCAGACCGCCUGCUUGGACAGACAGGAUUUUAUGGAAAGGCCGAUACAUCCACCUGGUAAAGUACACUAGCCACAUGAAGUUGAGCAUGAGCGAUCACAAGCCGGUCAGCGCAUAUUUCGUCUCGGAGAUCAGCGUGAUCGACGAAGCAAAGUACAAGGAAAUCCACGAGGAUCUGCUCAGGACGAUGGACAAGCAGGAGAACGAGUACCUGCCGCAGGUGACCAUAGACAAGACCGAGAUCGCUUUCGAUUUGGUUAAGUUCGAGGAGCCGCAAAUCCAGGAGCUGAUCAUCGCCAACACGGGAGUGGUACCAGCAGAGUUUGAGUUUAUCAAAAAACUGGACGACGACAGUUACUGCAAGGACUGGUUAAAAAUCCUACCAUAUUAUGGCAGUAUAAACCCUGGCGAAAAAUGCGACGUAAAACUCGAAGUUACUCUAAAAACAAACCUGUCUAAAUUGUAUGAUAUUUUGGUAUUGCAUUUAAAAGGAGGAAAAGACAUGUUUAUAAUUUUAAAUGGGAAUGUGCAAAAAUCCUGUUUCUUUUCUCCUAUUUCCAUGUUAUGUAGAAUUCCAUUUCCCAUAAUGAAGCUUAAUGAAGAACAAUGGAAACAAGCAGAAAGUUUGGAAUUGCCAAUAAGAUACUGCAUACCAAGGGAAAUAUUUUUAUUGGUUGAUCACUUAUACAGGCAUGGAUUGAAAACCAAAGAUUUAUUUGAAUCAAGUUCUUUAAGUGAGCUUGUCAGCAUUAGGGAUUGGUUGGAUUUUGGUUCACAAGAUCCUAUGCCGGGAAGUGUACAGGCGGCAGCAGAGUCUUUACUGUUAUUUUUAACUCACACCCAGGAUCCUGUAAUUCCUUAUGAUCAACACGAUGCAUGCAUUGCGUCCGCUAGAAAUUACCAAAAUUGCAAACAGAUUAUUAUCCAGAAGCUUCCAGACCUGCACAGAAACGUUUUUCUGUACAUCUGUCUAUUUUUGCAAGAACUAUUAAAGCACGCAAACGAAAAUGGAUUUGAUGCCAAAACUUUGGCUCUUAUUUUUGGGGAUGCACUUUUAAGGGACAAAAUUCUUAACUCAAAACCGCAAGCUAGUCGUGGAAAGUCGGAUUUUAUUUAUAACUUUUUGGUGAAUGACUUAAGCUCUGCUAUAAUUCCAACUAAGUAA